AUGGAGGUUGAUCUCGAUGGGGUCAACUCCGGUGCGAGUGGUGAUGAGGAGGGAAUGGGAGAUGAAAGGGCUGAACAUGACUAUGCGGACGACAUGCCACAUGAGGCGACCGAGGUCCAUGCAGGGGCAGAGCAGCUUGCGGGUGAGAGCAACGCGCAAUUCUGGCCGGAGGAAGGCUAUGCAGAACCAUCAAGUGACGUGUCGGCUGGAGACAACAGCGACUUGCAGCAGGAGGCAGAAUUCCAGCCGCAGGACGAGGAUGUCCAGGCCGCGGCCCAAUCCCUGGCGUCUGAGGAGGAGGAGGCAUCUGGGAAUGAAGACAACGAGGAAGAGAGUGGAUCUGGUGAUGAGGAAGACGGAGAUAAUGCUGAGAAGAAAGAUGGCGAAGGCCAAGAUGGUAAGCGGAAGCGAAAAGUUCUUGGAAAGGACAAAAGGAAGAUCCGAAAGAUCAAGGACGACUCUGCAUUAAGUGCGGAGACAAGGAGCUUGCAAGAACGGGAGGAAGAGCGCAGAAAAUGGGAGCAAGAGAUCCUUAAAAAAGGCAGCGAUGACCACUUGCGGGACAUAAUCAAUCCGCAAGCUGAAUCCUCUUCCCAGAUCCGAAUCCACCCUAAAUUGGCUGUGAGGAUGAAAGAUCAUCAGAUAGAGGGUGUGCGUUUCAUGUGGCGCAGACUGAUGGAUGGGCGAUCGGACAAGAAAGCACGCGGAGGGCUAGGUUCCUUGUUGGCACUGGAGGAGAAUGAUAAGGGCACUGGAUGUAUUCUUGCUCACAAUAUGGGACUCGGAAAAACUUUUCAGGUUAUAACUUUGCUUCACACGAUUGCGGCCAACAUACCUCGUGACAACGUUGAGUUGCGGCGCAUGCUUGUCCUCGGGCCUGUCAAUACGUUACAUAAUUGGAAAGCGGAACUUGAACGUUGGUUACCCGAUGGUGGCAGACUGCCAUGCGGACGACAGAUCGAGAUAUACAUCCUUGAUGAAGCUGGGCGAACUACGAAGAGUAGAUGCGAUUGUCUUGAACUCUGGUUCAGGCGAGGGGGAGUGAUGUGCAUGGGGUACGAAAUGUACAGAAAUCUUGGUCAGGGUACUCGAAUCAACGACAAAGAACUUCGAGGCAAGCUCCACAGGUUUCUGAAGAGUCCUGGGCCAGGCAUUGUUAUAGCAGAUGAAGGGCACAUUUUGAGAAACCACAAGUCAAACAUUUCAAAGGCACUUUCUGGAGUCGAAACUAAGAGGAGGGUCGUCCUGACAGGUUCACCUCUGCAAAACAAUUUGACAGAAUAUCAUUGUAUGGUCGAUUUCAUAAACCCAGGCUACCUUGGAUCUCUUUCAGACUUCAGAAACCGCUUCGAGAUCCCGAUUCUGAACGGUGAGGCUGAAGAUGCGGACGAAAGGGAUGUUCAAGUGAUGAAGAGAAGAAAUUUCGUGUUGCACCAGAAAUUGUGUCAUAUGGUGCAAAGAAAGGACUAUACCCCCCUGAUCAAAGCCCUGCCGCCCAAGUUUGAGUUCACCCUACAAAUUCGACUUUCCCCUUUGCAGCAAAGACUGUACAGAUACGCCGUCGAGAACCAAGAAGAAUGCGGAAUCGAAAGCGUCUUCAAGGCUUUCCACACGCUCAUGAAGAUUUGGAACCAUCCUGCCAUCUUGUGGAACUCCAAAAAGCACCCCGAAGACGACAAUCAAACUGAGAGUAACGCUGGGACAGCAAACUCGAAUACCGAAACCAUGGAUGGUGACGACUAUGACUCAGAUGUUCAGUGCACAGACCCUCCCCCUCUCUCGAAGCUGUUUGGGAGGGGUAAUCAGAACAAACCUUAUAACGCCUCUUGGUACAUGAAGCUCUUCGAAGCAGCAAAUCUCAAUGAAGAGAGCGUGAUGUCGCUGGAACACUCUGGCAAAGUCUUGGUUUUGUGGAAGUUGCUGACUGAAGCAAGCAGGGUAGACGAGAAAGUUCUGGUUUUCAGCCAGUCUCUCACCAUGUUGGAUGUGAUUGAGAAAUUGUUGGAGAGAAAUCCCGUGUGCGGAAAGUAUUAUCGAAGAGAGCAUGACUACUACCGUUUGGAUGGUUCAAGGAGCUCCAAACAGCGUCAGGAUGACAUCGACAACUUCAACGACAUAGCCAACUCUCGUGCUCGACUGUUCCUGAUCUCAACUCGAGCGGGAUCUCUGGGUGUAAAUAUGGUCGCAGCAAACCGUGUUGUCUUGUUUGAUUGCAGUUUCAAUCCUUCCCAUGAUCUGCAGGCAAUAUUCAGAACUUAUCGCUAUGGGCAAACCCGCCCAGUUUAUGUGUAUCGUUUGGUGUCCUGGGGGACAAUGGAAGAAAAGAUCUACAAGAGGCAGAUCAACAAGCAGAGCAGGUCAGCUCGUGCAGUAGACUCAUGGCAAGUGCAGAGGCAUUUCAAGGGCAAAGAUUUGGAGUUUGAGAUGAAGGAGCUUCUAACUCUGCACGACGAAGUGAACCUGGACGACGUGGAGGACGAAGGAUGGUCUGCGCCAUCGAAGAAGAAGCAGAUGGAGGUGGAGGAGACCUUGAAGAAAGACCAGAUCCUUCGGAGCAUGCUGAGGAGGGCGCCUUCCCAGAACGGGAAGGAUCAAUUUGCAAAGCAGAGAUGGGGGAUGAUUCGAACUGUGGAAAUGGACGAGAGUCUCAUAUGUGACGCCGAAGACGAGAAGCUCACUGAUCAACAGAAGAAAGAAGCCAUUCAAGAGUUCGAGAACUCACAACCUGGCAAGAAAGCCGAAGUUUCUUACAGCAUCUUGCCUUCAGGAGAUUACAUGCUCACUUGCUCUCGCUGUGGCCAACCGUUGACAGUCAAGCAAGGUUCGGCCAAGUACGGGUGCCCAAAAUCUUCCCUCAAAGAGAAUUGA